AUGGAUCUCUUUGGGUUGGUGUAGACAGCUGUUGAUUUGGCUAAAGCACACGAAGAAAAUGGUGAAGAGGUCAAAUUCUUUAGACUUAAAUUGUCAUCUCUUUAAGAAUAAUUAUAGAAAUUAGAAUAGAAGGAUUUCCAAAUCAAUGUCCAAUUGCAAGGCUAGAUUAAAAAGGAAUUGACAGAGUCUUCUCAAUUACUCUCCAAAUUACCAGAACGCAACUCAUAUAUUAAUACAAUUCUAUCCAAAUUGCCUUUUGGGAGUGUUUACAAUGAUAUCAAAGAUAAAUCAUAGGCUUUGGAUCGACUUAGUCAGCAAUUGAACAAUCAUUUAAUAACAAGUUUGGCUCUUGCUUAGACGAGUACAGUUGAGAAAUAAAAGAAUGUUACAACCCAUGUAGAAGAAACGUAGAUUGAUGAUGAUCAGAUAGUUCAAAGUAAUCAAUCCCAAGGAAAGAUCUAAUUAAAGUUGAUUGCAGAGGACCACAUUAAACAAUAGUUUAGAAUGAAUAUCAUAAAUACAAUAGAAGUAAUUGAGUUACAAUUUACGAAUAAUGAAAGUAAUGAGUUGGAAGUGUUUAAAUUUGGCAGAGAAUAUUAUAGAAAAUUGUAGAUGGAAGUUUAGCAGGUGUAAACUAUUUCUAGAGAUCAUGCAACUAUAACAUGCAUUAGAAAAUAAAAAUAAAAAUUUGAUAGCGAUAAUUUCGAAGUACCAUAAAAAAAAAUUAAAAUUGAUAAACCAACAGAAUAACAUUAACCAUAAUAACAAGAAAUAUUUUACACCUGCAUUGAUAAUUCCUAACAAUAAGAAGAAGCAAAGCCUGGGGAUGAAAAUAAUAAUUAUGAAUACAUUUUUAAGUUAUAAAAUAAAAGCCCAAAUGGGAUAUUUAUUUAUAGGGAUGAGGAAUAGACCAAAAAUAAUGAUGAGAUUAUUCUUGGUACUUGGACAAGGAUUGUAAACAACAAAACUAUUGUUUUGAAAUCAAAAGAUAAAAUUGCAAUAUUAAUGAAAAAACCAGAAUAUAAGUAGCCAUUAAUUGCAUAUGAAUUCAUUAUGCUAUUGUGAUAUAUAAUAUAAAAUAUCUUUAGUAAAUAAUAAUAAAAUUUGA